AUGAACUGCACAGGCCCGAGACCGUCGCGUCUGUCGUAUAGGGAAGAGGAGAAGUUCUUCGUUAUAUACGCUCGCAUCGUUCGACAGGACAGUUGGCCCGAGAUCGCAUGCACAUUCGAGAAGCUAUUCGGAACAAGAACGAAGGGUGGUCUCACAUCCAUUUACUAUCGCGUGCGACAGGAAUGGGGCCUUACGAAAGUUCUAGAGCAUUCGCCUGGAUAUUGUGCUGUGGAUCGCAGAGAAGUGGAAAAGCGGGCGACAGAUCUGUCAUACGAGUUCCUAUUGCGGAUUGGAUAUUUGUCUUCUACGAGAUGA